UGCGAAUAGUGUUCAUAGAAGACCUCAGCGGAGGCACAUUUCAGCUCUUUUGUUUUGACGCGCUGUUGGUGGUACAGGGAUUCCAAGCAUGAGAUCCCUCAGUUUAUUGCUACUCAGCGCCAGCUGCGCGCUAAUCCUUAGCUUAGCCUACGCACAUCCACCGGAAGGUGUGUGGAAGAAGAAGCUAACCUGGAAGGAGGAUUGGGUGCAGGUCUGGAAAACGAUUAAAAAGGAGGCAUGGGAAACGAAAUGGAAAAAGGUUUCCGUGCCAAUAUGGAAGGAAGUUCAGGUGCCAGUCUGGAAGGAGGAACAAGUGCCCGACUGGAAGAUCGUGAAGAAGCCGAAGAUUGAGGAACGUGAAGUGCCCGCCUGGAAGGACAUCAAAGUCCCCGAAUGGAAGAAGGUAACGAAACCCAUUUGGGUGCCCACCAAGGUGGCCGUCUGGAAGGAGAUCAAGGUGCCCGUGUGGAAGGAGAUUCAAGUGCCCUUCUGGAAGGAAAUCCAAGUGCCAGUGUGGAAGGAAGUCCAAGUCGCUGACUGGAAGCAAAUGUUUGAGCCACAAUGGGUGAAAAUGGGCAUUCCCGGCGAAAAGUUCUUGGGCAAGGAUCACGAGGGUUGGGAGUACACCAGUCACGAUCUGUGGCGCAAGAAACUGAUCUGGAAGCCCGUGUGGAAGAAGGUCUGGCGCACCGAGAAGAAGCAGGAAUGGAAGACCGACAAGGUGCAGGAAUGGAAGACCGAAAAGGUGCAAGAGUGGAAGACGGAAAAGGUGCAGGAAUGGAAGCAGGACAAGAAGCUGGAAUGGAAGGACGAAUGGGUGCAGGUGUGGAAGAAUUCGAAGAAGCAAAUCUGGAUCAAGGAGAAGCGCGAAACGUGGGUCGAAGAGAAGGUACAAAUCUGGCGCACCGAAAAGAAACAAGUCUGGGCCACCGAGAAGAAGCAGGCGUGGAAGGACGAAUGGAAAUCCGUGCAGGUGCCCGUCUGGAAGGAGGUUAAGGUACAGGAAUGGAAGAAGGUGUGGAAGCCAGUGUGGGAAAAGGUCUGGGUGCCAAUUAGCCAUGGCCAUGGACACGGUUGGGAUUAAAUAGCUCAUUCUCCCGCGAGUCUCCCCCCCCAUCUCUAUCUCCAUCUUCAUCUCCAUCUCUGUCUCCUCCCCUUGAAAAUGAGGGCUAACAUUUCGCAAACUAUGCGACAGCACUGAUAUUAUCUGAUAACUGCCCUUGGCUUCCCCCCUUGCUCCCUGAGUCCCCAAGUCCAAGUCCAAACCAUUCUCGAAUUGUUAAUACCUAAAUCGUUCCAUUCUCAUCCCUCGAAUGCAUUUUGUAUACAAACCUCGUUUCCAUUUCGUUACCUCUAUUUCUACCUGUUGCUUUCUCCAUAUCUUCAUCUCUAUAUCUUAAGUGUACAAAUUAGUCAUGCGCGCGUUUGUCUUUAAGUUAUGAACAUUUCAUAUUCCAUGAAACAAUUUAUUAAUUGGCCUUUUGGAUUUGCCAUUGAACAUUCAACUUCAAUGAAGAAUGAAGCUCAAAAACUCAACAACAAACAGAAGCAAAAACACACUAUCACACACACACACCGACAAAAACAAUCAUAAAACAUAAAGAAAAACAAGUGAAAAUUGUGCAUUAAAGGUUUUGUAAAUAUAUGUAUGUACCUAAACCAUAAAAACAU